CACCCAGAGCCACCCAGAGCCACCCAGAGCCACCCAGAGCCACCCAGAGCCACCCAGAGCCACCCAGAGCCACCCAGAGCCACACGGAUAGAAGCCCUUUGUUGUGUCUCGACUCCAAAUUUUAAAACAUUCUGCGCAGCUUAAACAGCUUGGGAUUCCUGAGCUGAACUUUCCAGUUCCUUGGUCGUGAGCGUUGUUAUCAUUCUCUGGCGUAGCGGUAGCAUUCACUGGAGAAGCAAUUGCGUUGCGUGGUGCGAGGUCCUCGAGUGUAUUGGCGGUUCGCUAUUGUGUAGCUAUAACUUGGUGGAGGAGUUCGGAAUAGAUGUUUUUGGACGGUUGGUGUUCUGGGAGGCUUCCAUCUUGGCUUUGGUUAUUAUGGCGUCGUUUGUAGGUAAAUUGCUUUGCUUCGGUGGGAGUGGAAGGUGCGUUCGUAGACGUCGACGAAGGCUUAUGAGUGCCUGGGGCAGGAAGGAGCCACAUGAGAAUCCCCAGAGUACGAGUACCUUGGUACUGCCAACAACGUCUUGAGUCCCACGCAAACCAAACAAUCAUGAUCACGAAUUUAUUGUACCAACGCGACUCCGAUCUCUUGAAAACCAACGAAUAAACUCUAGACUUUGUUGCGGAGAGAUCACUGUGUACUUUUCUUGCUCAUUAGCGGUCCCCAUUGCUCUGAAAGCGCCUCGAGAUCAUCGUCCCGAGUUUAGUUCCAAGGGAGGGGUCGUGAUACUCCCAACAGCUUAUCAUCCCAUGAACUGAAUCGUCCCACAAAGCCCUCGAGGGUGAAUCUACAAGAAGCGAGGCAAUUGAAAGCCUAUAUUCCUUCACGAAGACCCCCGGUCUAUGCGCGCGACUGCCGUUCUCGAGGAACAUAGACGACAUCAGCUGCGACCCUAAAAAACAACCCUACGAUUGUCCCUGCCCGGGUUACGGCACCAAUAGUACAGGAUGUUGGAAGGCUUGGUGGCCGGUCUCCUCAAUCGGUUUCUGGGCAUGUACAUUCGGAACUUCGACCCAGGACAACUGAAAGUCGGGAUCUGGUCGGGAGAUGUCAAGCUUCACAACUUGGAGCUCAGGCGAGAAGCUCUGGACCAGCUGAAAUUGCCGAUAAAUGUGGUUGAGGGACAUCUUGGAGCCUUGACGUUAACGAUACCAUGGUCGAAUCUACGUGGACAGCCUGUCAAGGUUUUUAUUGAAGAUGUAUACCUGUUAGCGGCGCCGAAGGAGGACGCGGAAUACGACGAAGAGGAAGAAGAGCGAAGGCGACAAGCUGUGAAAAUGGAAAAACUUGACAGUGCAGACAUCCUAAAAGAGAGGAAUGAUGAGGGCCUCAGCCAGGAGGAGCAGAAGAAGAGCCAGAGCUUCACGGAGAGCUUGGUUUCGGCUAUCGUGAACAACCUCCAAAUCACCGUGAAGAACAUACACGUCCGGUAUGAAGAUUCGAUAUCCGCUCCUGGACAUCCAUUUGCGCUCGGUGUAACGCUCGAGGGAUUCAGCGCUGUAAGCACCGACGGAAAAUGGAACCCAACAUACAUACAAAACUCAGUUGGUGUUGGGCAUAAACUCGCCACGCUGGAGGCACUUGCUGUAUACUUCAAUACAGAUACAAAGCUUAUGGGCACCGGAAGAGAAGCACAGGUGCCUCAAGAUGCCGAAGUUUUGUCCCAUGAGGAGAUGAUGGAGCAAUUCUCAAAAUUGAUCGUCAAGGGCGAGCAGAGCGACAACACCGAGCAUCAGUUCAUAUUGAAACCUGUUAGUGGCCGCGCAAAGAUCGAGAUGGAUACCUCGGGCGAGAUCACCAGGCCAAAGAUUAAAGCAGGUCUGCUCUUCGAUGAAAUUGGACUGGUUCUGGACGAUGACCAGUACAGAGAUGCACUCAUGAUGGUCGAUCUAUUCCAUUAUUUCCUGCGGCACCAGGAAUACAAGAAACUGCAGCCUAAAGGAGUAACUCCCAAAGAAGACCCUCGUGCGUGGUUGCGAUUUGCUGCAGACGCAGUGUUGAGCAAGAUCCACGAGAGAAACCGUCGCUGGUCAUGGGAUUACUUCCGCGAGCGACGGGAUGACAGAAUCCGUUACAUCGAGUUAUUCAAGAAGAAGAGGGGAGAUCAACCAAUGACCCCCGAUGAAACCAAGGACCUCAACAAUCUCGAGUGGAAGCUGUCGUACGAAGACCUGAGAUUCUGGAGAUCCCUUGCUAGAAAUCAGCUGAAGAAGGAAAAUAUCGGCGUCAAGAAAGCUACGCCUCCAAAGCCACAAGGAUGGGUGGCAUGGGCCUGGGGCUCGAAGCCCGAAGAGACUGAAGAGGAUGAGACGACCACGAUGACGGAAGAGCAACGUGAGGAACUGUACAAGGCUAUCGAUUGGGACGAGAAAAAUGCAAUCGCGGCAAGUGUUGAUCUUCCUCGAGAGACCGUUAAGCUCCAAAUCGAAGCCGAUCUUAAGUUGGGUAGUUUCACAUUAAAACGGGACUCCCAUAAUACCGCGGUGGAGGUCCUCAGUCUGUUCUUUGAUUCUUUUAGUGCCAAAAUCUUACAACGGCCGGAUUCCUUCCUUGCCGACGUAAGCUUAGGAGGCCUUCGUCUAAACGAUGGAACCACUGCGAACAGCUUCUAUCCACAAAUUAUUAGAGUGAAAGAUUCGCCAUCAACCGACGACGACACCAGCUUAACUAAGUUUGAGCCCGAGUCCGUCGUCGAACCGUUCUUCCAGUUCCAAUUCGAACAACACCCUCUAGACGAAAGUGCCGAUUUAGCAGUUACGGCAAAAUUGAAGUCUAUGGAGAUCAUUUAUAAUCCUAACUUUAUCGUGGAGAUCGUUAAAUUCUUCAAGCCUCCGGAGAGACACAUGGACUCCAUUUACGCUCUUAUGGAUACCGCAGGUGCUACGGUAGAAAGCAUUAGACAACAGACACGAGCCGGCUUGGAAUUUGCUCUCGAGGAGCACAAGACGAUAAAUGCCAAGCUGGACUUGCAAGCGCCUUUAAUCAUCGUUCCUGAAAAUAUUGAGUCCGAAAGGACUACGUGCUUAAUUGUCGAUGCGGGUCACAUUAGCGUCAACAGCGAUUUGGUUGAUAAAGAGACAAUGCGAGGUAUACAGUCUAAGCACAACCAGACGUAUACUGAGGAUGACCUGAAGCGCUUGGAAGGCCUGAUGUACGAUAAAUUCCAGCUGAAGCUUAAAGCAACCCAGGUUCUCAUUGGCCCGUCCGUGGAAGAGACCAGGGCACGCCUGGGAGACACUGGGGAUAAGGCGUUCCACGUUGUUGACCGCAUCAACGUUGAAUUUACGCUACAAUUAUCCAUUGUACCAAAGACUCCAAACAUCCCGAAAAUACGAAUAUCUGGGCACUUACCAGUACUCCAUGCCUCGGCGUCCGAUGCUAAGUGGAAGAGCUUCAUGCGUCUUGUCAACGUGGCUAUUCCCAAGUUUGAAGACGAGCAGGAAGUACUAGAUAAGGCAAUAGAACCUGCUCGCAACUCAGCGGCGACGAAGGAUGUCGAGCGUCCACGCGCACAGAGUUCUCUAUCACAGCGCCGAAAAUCUCACCGACAGUCAACCUCCUUCCCAUUUGCGGCUCAGCAGGCUGUUGUCAUCGAGGAAUCUGAUAUCGAUGAAGACGAAGAUUUUGUGUUCCAAGACGCUUCCAUCGGACAAACCGACGAAGACCUCAAACUCGCACAACGGACAUUUGAGUUAUCGUUCAGCAUUGGCCGACUCCAGGGUUCCCUAUAUCGAAGUGACCCUAAUGGCAAGAAGCCAGACCAAUUACUCGUCGAACUUGUUGCAGACCACUUCAGUGUCGACGUAACAGUCAGACCGUUUGAUAUAACGGCGGAAGUUGCCCUCCAAUCUCUCUCGCUGGAUGAUCAUGUAGAAAAGGAUCCUCUGCCUGAGUUCAAGCGCUUAGUAUCAUCAGGGGAUGGCGCAGAGGGAGGCGAUAAAGAGAAGGCCCUCGUCCAGGUGAAAUAUGCUAGGAUCAGGAGGGAGUCGCCCGAGUUUAUGACCAAGUAUUCGGGGAUUGAGACGAACCUUGACAUUGCAAUAUCGACAAUCAACUUGAUUGUUACAAGGAGAACACUUCUCACAUUGCUGGACUUUAUCCUCAUAACCUUCACGAACCCCGAAGGGAAUGAUUCGAAUCAGAAAACUGCCAUAGAGUCGGAAGAUGAAUCGGAGGAAGAUGAAGUUGUUGCCACACCCCAAAACCCAGCUGAGCCAGAGAAAAUAAGGAUACAAAUCAGCCUCAAGAAGGUGUCGCUGGUCCUCAACAAUGAUGGAAUUAGGCUUGCAACGCUAAGUCUCAUGGCUGGCGACUUGGGAUUGUUCCUGAUGGGCCAGACAAUGCGGAUUGGUGGUAAACUCGGCAACCUGUCGCUAUUAGACGACAUCGACCAGGGUGCGCCGCCCGAGAUGCGUGAAUUGGUGUCUAUCCAAAGUCAAGACUUGGCUGAUUUCAGUUAUGAGACUUUUGAUCCGAAUAAUAAGGAAACAUACCCAGGCUACGACUCGUCCUUUGGCCUCCAAGCUGGAUCGGUGAAGGUCAACUUCAUCUCUGAGCCAUUCCGCAAGAUCCUCAACUUUCUCGUCAAGUUCGGAAAGAUGCAGGCAAUCUUCAACGCUGCCCGCCAGGCUGCGGCGAACCAAGCGUCUCAGAUUCAACAGAAUGCCAAUAAGAUACAUUUCAAUAUUACGGUUAAAACGCCGAUUAUUGUCUUCCCCCGCGUUAUGGAGUCGGGCAUACCACGCCGAGACGUUAUAACCGCGUAUCUUGGAGAGAUCUACGCCCAGAACAAGUUCGUUCCACUCGACGACUCUGCCUACUCGCCCAUCGGCAUGAAGAUUUCGGCGGGUAUCAGGAAUAUCAGAUUGACCUCCGACUUUCACUACGGGGAAGAUCGGUCCGAGGAGCUGGAGCUGAUUGAUCAAGUUGAUCUUGGCUUCGCGAUCACAUAUGCCGAGCAUUUGCAGGGAGUCAAGAGACCUGACCUUGAAAUUAUUGGCCAUAUGACCGAGCUCAACUUGCGAAUCACACAAGUUCAAUUUAGGUUCCUGUUAGAACUGGCUAGAACUAUCCCUGCUGCUUUUGCUGCCGACGAGGAUGCCAUUGAGCAGGAGACGAUUGACGAGCUACCCAAUAGACUCACUCAGCAUGCUGAUGCGGAUCAUGGGUUUGCUAGCAAUGACAAUGAUAGCAAGAAGUCCGUCGAUCUUGGUCCAGAGCUUAACAUUGACUCCGAAAGCUGGGUAAAAUUAGACUUCGCUUUCAAAGUACCCAGUGUUGGCUUGGAGAUGAUCCGCGCCGAAGAAAAUGAGCCCAUUGAGGAUCGCCAGGCAGCUAGCUUGUCCAAAUUUUCUCUGGAUGAUACCAUGGUGAAGCUUUCCAUGGCCACGGAUGGAUCUCUGGAAUCCGAGCUCACAAUCCAAUCGUCCACGAUUCAAGAUAGCAGAAGCGGCGAAACCAACAGAUACAUGAAGGUUAUGACCUCUUUGAACAAGGACGUCCAGCAAUUCAUGGCGAGCGUUACAAUCUCGGGUGGGAAAGAACGAAAUGUCAUCGCCAUGGCUGCGAUUGACAGCCCCCGAGUCAUCCUCGCGCUGGAUCAUCUAUUUGCUAUUCAGUCGUGGCUUACCCAUGGAUUUGCAAUUGAUGAGCCUGCGAUUUCUGAUAUCGUGCAAGACACCAUGGAGGAGUCGAAUGAGAACUCAGAGGCCGAGACUGAGGUUUCUUCGCGGCAUAUAAGCCAGCGUCCAAAGUCAGAGAAACAGGCUAGCUCUGGAAAGAAAACGCCUCAGAUACAGGAUAACAACGAAAUGACGGUCUCAUUCAGGGUUAAUAUCGUUGAUGCCCAGAUCAUUUUGAUUGCAAACCCGAUCAGCACCAGCUCCGAAGCCAUUGUGCUGGGGACGAAGCAAAUCCUCAUGUCUAAGCAACAUGCUCUGACCCUUCAGGUGUCGGAGAUGGGUAUGUUCCUUUGUAGGAUGGAUCGUUUCGAAGACACACGCCUUCGCAUUCUCGAUGACUUCAACUUGUCAAUGUCUAUGGAUACCUCGCAACCUCAGGUUUCGAGUAUUCAUAUCGACAUCCAGCCAUUGAUUCUUCGAUUGUCGCUUCGUGAUAUCCUACUUGCCGUGCAAAUUUUCGGGAAGGCAUCGGAAUUGUCUGGCGGCGAAGCGAAACCUCAGGAGUCACCUUCCGCUAAGAAGGCAAACCAGCUCAAGGGCCGUCCCAAUAGUAGUCUAAAGCAGGGUACGGCAAGUGGCCGAGCGGCGUCAACACUGGCGAAACAGCCCAAAACUAUCGGUAGCGCAAGCCAAGGCCAGCUUGACGGCGAUGCAUCCAGUGCCGUGACUAAAGCUGGCCCGCCCAAGCGUGAGGAGCUAACGGCCACCCUCGAGGGAUUUAGAGUUGUCCUUCUGGGCGACGUACACGAACUGCCAAUUCUUGACCUAAGCGUCAACAACUUCACAGCUACUGCCAAAGACUGGUCGAGCGACCUUUCUGCCGGGACGACCAUUGACAUGUUUGUCAAUGUUUACAACUUCUCCAAGUCGUCAUGGGAGCCUCUUAUUGAACCAUGGCAGCUUGGUUUCCGUAUGUCGAGGAAGCAAAAUCCUCCCAGCAUGGCGUUUGAGCUGAGCUCGAAGAAAAUGAUGGAAUUGACUAUCACUUCGGCUACGAUUGCUCUGGCGUCUCAUUCCGCCACCUUCCUCCGGUCAGAUGACGAUGUUCUGUCGAAGCCUCGCGGCGUUGAUACUCCGUACCGCAUUAAAAAUUACACGGGAUUCGAAAUGAACGUCUGGGCCGAAUCUGACUCUAUCGAUGAAGAUGCGAUGUCCGCAAAGCUCCAAGACGGCGAGGAGGCCCCAUGGCUCUUCGAGAACUGGGAGAAGAUGAGAGAGAAUUUGUCGACUGAUGUCAAACCUGCUAUUGUUGGGGUUGUCCUCGAAGGAAGCAGCUUUCAGAGCAUUGACAAGAUUCCCGUCAAUCGCGAGGGGGAGUUCCUCUACAACCUGAAACCGCGAGUGGAUAAUAUUCUCCAUCGCCUGCUUGUGGAAGUCAAGCUCGGAGAAGACAAUGUCAAGUAUAUCACUUUUAGAUCGCCGUUGCUGGUGGAGAACAACACACAAAUCCCCGUCGAACUCGGCGUGUUUGAUGCCCAGGAGGGCCAUCUCCUUAAAAUCGAGAAGAUUCCACCGGGAGAAAGUAAACCGGCACCAGUUGGAGCUGCAUAUUUGAAGCAGCUUCUUGUACGACCAGACCAAGGAUUCGGGUAUUCCUGGUCAACGGAGUCAUUGUGGUGGCGCGACCUUCUGAGGCACCCGACCAGGACGAUGACUUGUAAGGGAGAAAGCGACAGCAAGACUCCCCCGUUCUAUUUCCAAAUGAACGCAGUGUACGAUAAGAGUAAUCCUCUUUGCAAUAUAUAUCCUUACAUGAGAAUUCGCCUCUCUGCUCCAAUCGAGUUGGAGAAUUUGCUUCCUUACGACUUCAAAUAUCGCAUUUACGACAAAAACACGAAGAAGGACUGGACGAACUUCCUUCGAAAGGGAGGCCUCAGCCCUGUGCAUGUUGUCGAAUUAUCCCAUUUAUUACUUUUGAGCAUCGAUAUGCAAGAUACUGCUUUCAAAGCCAGCGAGUUUGCCAUUAUUAACUCUAAUGAUUCUGACGAUUUCCGAAAAGAGACAACGCUUGUUUGCAAGGACAACGAGGGCCUCCCGCUUAAUCUCCAAUUGCAUUAUUACAGGAUCCCAGAUAGUGGUGGAGCGUUUAGACUCACGAUUUACAGUCCUUACAUCAUUUUGAAUAAAACUGGCCUGGAUAUCAAUAUCAAGGCCAAGUCGUUACUGCAGCAAGCACGGACGGCGGCUGGCCAGAAGGUAGUGCGCGAUCUCCUUGGGGAUGACGAACAGAAGGCGCUGCCUCUGAUGUUUGCGUUCAGUGGCGACGACCAGCGCAACCGCGUCAUCCUCAAAGUCGGCGAGUCGAACUGGAGUAAACCGCAGAGUUUCGACGCCAUUGGCAGCACAAUCGAUGUGGUUCUACCGUCAGCAACUCAGAAUACUGAGAUCCAUGUUGGAAUCAGCAUCGAGAAUGGAGACGGGAAAUACAAGAUGACCAAGGUCGUUACGCUUGCGCCGAGAUUUGUGCUGAAGAAUCGCAUGAGCGAGGAAAUCAGCGCCAGGGAACCUGGAUCGUCGGAGCUUAUGACUUUGAAGCGGGGAGAACUGAAGGCUCUUCACUUCCUUCAAAAGUCGGCGGUUAAGCAACUGUGCCUUUGCUUCCCCGGCCUGAACAACCAAUGGUCCUCGCCGUUCACAAUCUCAGAUCUUGGAACGACGCAUGUGAAGCUUGCUAAGGUCGGCCAGAGACAAAAGCUCGUCCGUCUUGAGGUUCUGAUGGAGGAUGCUACCAUCUUCCUGCAUCUCAGCAUCGAGACUAAGAACUGGCCUUAUUCUAUGCGCAAUGAGAGUGACAUGGAAUUUAUGUUCUGGCAAGCAAAUCCCAACAUUGACGAGGAAGACAUGGAGGAUAGAUCAGGCUGGCGCCCAAUCCGCUAUCGACUUCCGCCGAGAAGCAUCAUGCCAUACGCGUGGGAUUAUCCUGCCGCCAAGCUUAAAGAGCUCAUCAUCAGUGCGAAUGCCAAGGACAGGCAUAUUAAAUUGGCAGAGAUUGGAAAUCUGAUACCAAUGAAGGUUCCCGCCGCGAAACAUUCUAGGGAACAGAAGAUUAUCGAUCUCAAUGUCGCAGCAGAUGGACCCACCCAGACACUGAUCUUGUCGAAUUAUAAGCCGUCGAAGAGUAUGUACAAGCAAAGGUCGCCUACGGAAUCGGCUUCGAGCGCCACGGAAGGCUUCGAGGUCAAGGAUCAAGAUACGGAUGUCACGUUCCGCGCACAACUCAAACUCGCCGGAUUCGGGAUCUCACUAGUGAAUAGCCAGCUCAGCGAACUUGCAUAUAUUACCUUCAGAGAUCUCACGUUGAGGUACAGCGAAUCGCCUCUGUAUCAGACUGUCUCUGCAUCCAUUAAGUGGAUUCAGAUCGAUAAUCAAUUGUACGGAGGCAUCUUCCCCAUGAUUAUUUAUCCCAGUGUUGUCCCUAGACAACACGCUGAGACUGAGGCGCAUCCUUCUCUCCAUGCCCAGAUUACGCGCGUCAAGGAUGAUUCGUACGGUGUGCUCUACUUCAAAUACGCUACGCUACUCCUGCAACAGAUGACGCUGGAAAUCGACGAGGAUUUCGUUUACGCGCUGCUGGACUUCUCAAAGGUACCGGGGGCUAGCUGGUCAGAGACGCAUGAAGGGACGCUUUGUGAUGACAGUCUUGACAUCCCGGAGCCGAAACAGCUCCAGCAGGGCCAGGAUAUCUACUUUGAGCUCCUCAACAUCCAGCCCAUGCAGCUAGAUUUGUCAUUUGUUAGAACGGAGCGAGUCAAUGUCGAGGACAAGACAUCGUCGCGCAACCCGCUGAUGUUCUUCCUCAAUGUGCUUACCAUGGCCAUUGGGAACAUCAACGACGCGCCUGUGCGAUUCAACGCCUUGAUGUUGGAGAACGCACGAGUAUCGGCGGCUGUCUUGACACAGAAUAUUUCUGCGCAUUACUCUCAAGAAGCGCUGUACCAAGUGCACAAGAUUCUAGGAUCUGCAGAUUUCCUGGGCAACCCCGUCGGUCUGUUCAAUAACCUGAGUUCGGGAGUGGCGGAUAUCUUCUACGAGCCGUACCAGGGCUUCAUCAUGUCUGAUAAGCCUGAGCAGCUCGGUAUCGGCAUCGCCAAGGGCGCCACCAGCUUUGUUAAGAAGUCCGUCUUUGGUGUCUCGGACAGUUUCUCGAAGGUCACUGGUAGUAUUUCCAAGGGUCUCGUCGCCGCGACGAUGGACAAGCAGUUCCAGGACCGCCGGCGCAUGACUCGGUCGCGUAACAGGCCGAAGCACGCUCUGUAUGGCGUGACGGCUGGGGCUAAUUCAUUCGUUAGCAGUCUCGCCAGUGGAGUUGGCGGUCUCGCGCGCAAGCCGCUCGAGGGCGCCGAGCAGGAGGGAUUCGCAGGCUUCUUUAAGGGCGUGGGUAAGGGUGUUCUCGGACUCGCGACGAAGCCAGCCAUCGGUGUGUUUGAUCUUGCGUCGAACGUCUCCGAGGGCAUCCGCAACACAACGACAGUGUUUGACGGCGAAGGCCUAGAGCGCGUGCGCCUGACGCGCUUCAUCCCCGCGGACGGAAUCGUGCGGCCGUACAACCAGCGCGAGGCACUCGGUCAGUUCUGGCUCAAGCAGCUGGACAGCGGCAAGUACUUUGACGAGAAGUACAUUGCGCACCUGGAGCUGCCGCGCGAGGAUGUCGUGGCGAUGUUGACGUACAGCCGAAUCAUGCUUGUACGUGCGAAGAAGCUGACGAGCGAGUGGGAUGUGCCGCUGCGUGAUGUGCAGACGAUCUCGAAGGAGCGGACGGGGCUGAGCUUGACGCUGAGGGGGGGCACGAAUGGGCCGUUCCUGCCGGUGGCGGAGGAGAGUAGUCGCAACUUUUUGUAUCAGAAGAUUGGGGUUGCGGUGGGGGAGUUCAAUAAGAAGUAUAAGGCGACGGAGUAGUAGGAGAGGAGGAGGAGGUGCUGGUUUAAAGGCGACGCGGGUUUAAAAGGGGGGGAUGAGGCGCAGACACGGCUACGGCUAUGGAAGGGCAGGUUUGAAGGGGCGCCGGAUGGGACGGCACAUGAAAGUGCAGUAGAGUAGGCGCCGGUUGCUUCGAUGUGGAUAGACAUACACAUAAAAAUUACAGUACACAUUUCCCGAUAUCCAUCCAGGAUCGAACCGUUCUGGUGCUACUACAAUCCAUCAUACCCCGCGGCGGGCGGGCCACCCGUAAGUUGGGCAAGGCUAACUCACUAACCACAGGGAACACCCGCCCCUACCCGCACGCGCGCGGGCGCACCAUUCCCUGUUCGGCUCCCCGCUUCGUCGCCUAUUGGAAAUGACCGCCGCCAGCUCGCCACCACCAACCCCUCUAUCCCCGUGAUUCGGCAGCCCCCUAUCCCUUAUCGACACCGCUGUAAUCGAGGCGAGAGAAGGGGUGGCGCAGCAGUGAACAUGGCUGUGUCGUUGGCUGCGUGGUUGUGGGCGAGGGUGGGAGUCUGAUUGGGGAAUCCGCUAGAAGAGGGACUAGUCAUACAGAGAAGUAUGCAUGGAAGCCUUGGCGGAGGGUGGGGGAUCGUUCGGUUCGAAGGUGACGCCG